AUGGCCUCCCUAUUCCGCUAUGUGUCCCUAACAAUCGUUGCGAGCCGGCUGAGCCUGUAUGGCAACGGCAUCGGGAACGAGAGAUCAUUUUUGUUUUUGCGGCUUGCCGAUAUAAAUUUCCUCUCUCGUAAAAUAAACGAGAAGAUCACGCCUUACGAAGUAACAUCCUUAUUGCGGAAGACCAUUAAUAACGUUUCACCUAUUAGUAAAGGGGAAUCGAUAUUUAGGGCUACUGGUAUUUACCCAAUAAACCCCGACGUGUUUUCUGAAGAAGAUUUUCUGCCAGCCGAAUUGCUCCAAUCGGAGACUACUGCCAUUCAAAACUAUGAUGAGUCAGAUGCUAUUGAUGACCCAGCAUCAGGUCAAGGAGAAUCUUCAAUAACUGGCACAUCAAUGAUUGUUGGUUCACUGAAGCCACCAUCACCACCACCAACUUCUAGCGCAGUUGAUUACCUAGGCCCUGGUCUGCGAGCUGGGAUAUGUUUGCGAUUAGUGUUAGAUUUUGUUUUAUCCUCAUUGCCCACAAGG